AUGAAGUCACUUACGGCGAUGCUGUUUCUAACCACGUUUGUGCUUUUCGUUUUACACAUCCGCGGAAUCUUUACUCAGGAGCUACAAUUCCAGAACAAUGAACAAACGUCGCACAUUGUACUUCUUGGAUCAACUAAACCCGAUGGAACGCGCGAAUUCCGUUGUGGCGGUUCGUACCUUGGCAGUAACAUAGUGGUUGCCGGAGCCCAUUGUGUCACUGGGAAAAACCAACCAACCCUCGAUACUGUACGGUUUGGCAGUGGCACAGGGAAUGUUUUACAUUUUCGAAUCGUCAACCACACGCUGCACUAUCGUUACAAACCACAGUUCGAGUAUCACAACAUGGCCAUCUACUAUCUCGAUGCGAGACCCGAUGUUGUAGGACGCUUCAAACCGGCUUGCAUUCUAAAGCCACACAUGAAGCAGGGCAUGGUACAGAUGGUUGGCGAUAGCUCCAAUGGGCGCGGAUUGUCUCUUCAGUCGACCACGUUGGAUGUGGUAGCUUCCGAGAAGUGUCACGAAUACUACAAUCCCAUACCGAAGCUUCGCUUUGGUGUAUUGCUCUGCUGCUUCUGUGCGAUGAACCCCGACACAAGCGAAUGCUCCAAUAUGCACAGCUCGCCACUACAGUUGGUCAUCAAUCGUAAUGGGAAAAGUGUUCCGUUUCUUAUCGGUCACAAAUCGAUCGGAAGAGCUUGCGGAGUCAAAAGUCCUGCCGUUUUCACACGCUACGGAUCUUACUACGAAUGGCUAGAAACCGUUACAAACUUACCGUUAGAGGCGACCGAUUGUUUUAGUCGCUAUUGA